UGCUCUGGUCAGACAGGUUUGGAGACACAGGUAAAGGGAGGGAGACCGAAAGGAAUACUUGCAGAGCCAGCAGAAGAGCUGGGCAGCUCCUUCCUGGACGCUGGGGACCCUCUACCUCUCUCCAGAUGGAAAGGUGACAUGACUUUGUGGUAGACUUCAGAAGUCAGGUCCCAGGAUGACAGAACCCGAGACCCUGACCCUGCUGGAAGUGAAGGGGCCUGAGACCCUGGAGAAGAGCCCACCCCAGGCCUUGGUCCCCAAUGGCCAGAAGCUGGAAGGGGAAGAUGGGGUUGAGUCCCUUGGAGCUGAGUCCUCUAGAGUGGGGUCUUCAGCUGAGUCUCCCACAGCCAGAGAGGGGACCGAGGAUGGUCUAGACAGCACAGUAAGUGAGGCUGCCACUUUGCCUUGGGGAAGUGGCCCCCAGCCCAGUGCCCCGUUCCCAGAUCCCCCGGGCUGGAGGAACAUUGAGCCUGAGCCCCCCGAGUCAGAGCCACCCACUAAACUAGAGGAGUUGCCUGAAGAUGAAGCCAGCUUGCUGCCCGAGAAGGCAGCCCGGGCCUUCGUGCCCAUCGACCUACAGUGCAUUGAGCGGCGGCCCCAGGAGGACCUCGUUGUGUGCUGUGAGGCCAGCGAGGGCGAGCACCGCCGGACCUUCCUGCCUCCCCGGGCCACCCACCCUGAGCCCCCGGAGUGCAAGUGGGCCGAAGCAGUGGUGAAGCCGCCUGGCCACUCCUGUAGGGGCUGUGGGGUCUGUGGAGGCCGAGAGGCGCUGAGGGCUGUGGCCUCAGUGGGAGCCGCCCUCAUCCUCUUCCCCUGCCUGCUCUACGGGGCGUACGCCUUCCUGCCCUUCGAUGCCCCACGCCUGCCGACCAUGAGUUCCCGCCUCAUCUACACCUUGCGCUGUGGGGUCUUUGCCACCUUCCCCAUUGUACUGGGGAUCCUGGUGUAUGGGCUGAGCCUGCUGUGCUUUUCUGCCCUUCGGCCCUUUGGGGAGCCACGGCGGGAGGUGGAGAUCCACCGGCGAUAUGUGGCCCAGUCGGUCCAGCUCUUCAUCCUCUACUUCUUCAACCUGGCCGUGCUUUCCACCUACCUGCCUCAAGAUACCCUCAAACUGCUGCCUCUACUCACUGGUCUCUUUGCCAUCUCCCGGCUCAUAUACUGGCUGACCUUCGCUGUGGGCCGCUCCUUCCGAGGCUUUGGCUAUGGCCUGACGUUCCUGCCUCUGCUGUCCAUGCUGCUGUGGAACUUCUACUACAUGUUCGUGGUGGAGCCUGAACGCAUGCUCACUGCCUCCGAGAGCCGCCUGGACUACCCUGACCAUGCCCGCUCUGCCUCAGACUACAGGCCCCGCUCCCGGGGCUGA